AGAAGGAAUUUACCAAGUUCAGCAAAAUUACAUCUAUUGAUUUGACGGCGUACGUGUGUAUGCCUAGUGUCGCUUCUGUGGUCCAGCUUCGAUAGUUUUUAAGCUUUUAUUUAUUUUUCGUAUGUGAAGAUCGAAGUCCGAAGAAACUUUAAUAUCUCAUUAGAUUAGUGCUGUGAAAAAGAAUGAAAAGGCAAAAUGUUAGAACGCUCUCGCUCGUCGUAUGUACAUUUACAUAUCUUUUGAUAGGAGCUGCUGUGUUUGAUGCCUUGGAGUCGAAUACUGAACGUAGACGCUGGGAAAUCCUAUCGGAGGUGCGUCGAAACAUGAUGAGGAAAUACAACAUUUCAGUAGAAGACUAUCGAAUGGUGGAAAUUGUUAUUAUUGAAAAUAAACCACAUAAAGCUGGCCCACAAUGGAAAUUUGCAGGAGCUUUUUAUUUUGCAACUGUCGUUUUAGCAAUGAUAGGUUACGGACAUUCGACUCCGGUAACAGUGGGUGGCAAGGUGUUUUGCAUGGGAUAUGCAAUGGUCGGGAUUCCAUUAGGUCUCGUGAUGUUCCAAAGUAUUGGUGAACGUUUAAAUAAAUUCGCUUCGGUUGUCAUACGGCGAGCUAAAACUUAUCUUAAAUGCCAAAAUAAGGAGGCAACGGAGAUGAAUCUUAUGUUGGCCACUGGCUUGCUUUCUAGUAUUAUCAUCACUACUGGUGCAGCAGUUUUCUCGCGAUACGAAGGUUGGAGCUAUUUUGACAGCUUUUACUAUUGUUUUGUAACGCUUACAACCAUUGGAUUCGGUGACUACGUAGCACUUCAGAAUGAUCAAGCCUUAUCGAAUAAGCCAGGCUACGUUGCAUUAAGUUUAGUAUUCAUCCUCUUUGGCUUGGCAGUGGUUGCUGCUAGUAUAAAUUUACUCGUUCUUCGAUUUAUGACAAUGAACGCUGAAGAAGUACGCCGUGACGACGAGCUGCAAUCAGCCUCUCACCACGUCCUCACACUUGACGGAGAAGUCGUAGCUGUGAAUGGCAAACUACUAGCUGGCCAUGUACCUAUGUCCAAUGACAUCGACGAUUGCGUCUCGGUAUGCUCCUGCACCUGCCUAGGCACGACCAAUUCCGAGCUUCUUGAUUCGUCAGGAUACCAAGGCUACAGACCAUCGUCGAUCACUGCCAGCUUGCGCGUCAAACGUGCGUCCGUUUGAUGGAAGGAGUUUCGCCGGCGCAGUCUGCGCCAUCGGCUUUCUAAGGUCGAUAGCCGCGAACUCCUUGGCAUCGACGUCUGAACCCGCCGUCGCAGAUUUUAUCGAGAUGAUAUCACUAUCCCUCAUCUAUCACCCACCCACCACCACCGCCAUACCACAAUAGUUCAUCAAUGCCAUUUCUCGAAACAAUGAUAAUAUCUCUACUCUAGACUGAACCUCCUCCCUACGUCAUGUGUAAAUUGCCUUAAAAUUAUUACUUUUCAAUUAUGCAAUUGGCAGACACAAUAUAGAGCGUUUUCAAUAAACAAAAGGCUACCAUUUUAAGGACUAAUGUGACAUUGA